CUCCACCCUUUUUCCACACUUUCAGAACUGUACUAUUCUUGUAUCUGGUGGUGAUUAUCAUUUGAAACUCUUGUCCAAGAAUGGUCUUGAUGCCAAUUUAAUUGAUCUAUUUGGAAUAUAGCUUAUGAAGAUGUGCAAUAGGUGUUACAAGAUCACUGGUCACUGUUUUAUUUCAUUGAUUAUUUUGUGUAGGACUGUAGGAGAUGGACUGGUUCCUGAUUUUUGUUUCAGUAGCUAUCAUAUGGUUGGCUUCUAUCUGCAAAAUUCUUCAUGCAUCGUUCUAUCCAUACCAAUCCUCCUUCGCAAAUAAUGCCGCUGGAUCUCUGCAAAAGAAAAAUGUCCUGCUAGUCAUAGCCCAUCCUGACGAUGAAUCCAUGUUCUUUUCACCAACAAUCAAUCAGCUGACUUCGAGAGGCCAUAACAUGCACAUAUUGUGCAUGUCAACUGGCAACGCAGAUGGUAUUGGAGAUGUUAGAAAAGAAGAGCUUUAUAGGGCCUCUGCAAUUCUUAAGGUUCCUCUUCAACAAGUAACAGUAUUGGAUCAUCCAGACUUUCAGGAUGGUUUUGGAAAAGUAUGGAAUAGUACUGUACUAUCAAAUAUUGUGGAAAAGAAAGUGCUUGAUCAUGCAAUCGACUUGAUUAUUACUUUCGACAACUAUGGUGUAUCAGGUCAUUGUAAUCACCGUGAUGUACAUCGAGGGGUGCAAAGGUUCAUGCUUGAUACUUCACAUCGAGAAAUUGAAGCCUGGGAGCUGGUGAGUACUAACAUAGUCCGCAAGUACAGCGGGCCAAUUGAUAUCUGGUUGUCCUUCUGGACUGCCCAUCGUUCUUUGAAUGGACAAAUGCAUUGCUUGCUAAAUGAACAUCCUCUUAGAAGCUAUGUUGCAAUGUCACAGCACCUGACCCAAUGGGUAUGGUUUCGGAAGCUUUUUGUUUCAUUUUCUAGUUAUACAUAUGUGAAUACUUUGAGGAAGACCAACAAAUAACCAGUGGUGCCAUUUAAUUCUGGGGCAUAGGGUCGGAAGAAACAAGAUUUGUGGGAGGGUGUAGCCAUUAACGCCUUCGUGACUUUUCCAUAGAUAGCCAUAAAAAUGUCGUCAUUUUAGACCUGUAAUCAUUAUUUUUUUUAAGUAUAUAAUUUUUACAUAUGGCAUAACUCAAUAAUCUAGAUGUAGAUAUGCCAUUGACCCUUUGGCUCCUAUUAUCAAUCUUCUAGCACUGUAUACAGUGUUCUAAAAGGCUCAUCACCUCUGUGUUGUCUCGUAGUUCAAGGCUCAUGUUUGAUACCCCACUUCAAGCAUGUGGCAUG